AUGGCUAUAUGGGGCCGGAGAGAGCGGGAUGAGUGCCCACUAUGGGCUCCAAAGCUCAAGGUAGCGGAGGGUGAGUCGGCCGUCUUGCGCGCAUUGCUGCUUGUGGGGCGGCCGGGUGGAGCUGGCUCGGCCUCACCGCCUUCCCUGAAGAAGCCCCCCCGAAAGAUAAAAUCUACCCACGCCCAUAAACUAUUCCUGUGCUGGGGGCCGGUCCGCAAGGACGGGAAAGCAACGAGGCGCGGGGAGGACCGCCCACCGGAGAAAUCAUCCAUCGGGCUGCGCGCGCUCGGCACCAGCUGCUCGAGCGGGCUGGGGCGAGUGGCUGGGGGGUCGGGACCGGGCCGACUGUCCGGCGAGACGAGAUCGGCUGCUUGUCUUCGGCUCCACUACGCUUUCGUAUUUUGCAGAGUAGCGAGCUCCGGGAAGCUGGAGAAAGCGGAAAUCCUGGAGAUGACGGUGCAGUACCUGCGGGCUCUGCACUCGGCAGACUUCCCCCGCGGACGAGAGAAGGCAGAGCUGCUCUCCGAGUUCGCCAAUUACUUCCACUACGGCUACCACGAGUGCAUGAAGAACCUGGUGCACUACCUGACGACGGUGGAGAGGAUGGAGACCAAAGACACUAAGUACGCCCGCAUCCUGGCCUUCCUCCAGUCCAAAGCGCGCUUCGUCACUGAGCCCCUUUUCACCUCCCUGGGCUCCCUGCCGGAGCCGGACUUUUCUUACCAGCUGCACCCCGGCCCCGAGUGUUCCGGGCACGGCCACAGCCCCGCCGAGGCCGUGCUUCAGCCGCCCUCGGGGGGCGCCAUUCCCCUGGCACGGCACUGCCGCAGCCCCUCCCUGCCCUAUCACCUGCCCAGCGCCGCCGUGCCCCUCGCCAGCCCCGGCCAGCAGCGCAGCACCUUCCUCUCCUCCGUGCAGGGGCUGGACCGCCACUACCUCAACCUCCUCGGCCAUUCCCACCCCAAUGCCUUCGGGCUGCCCCCAGGCCAGCACCCCUCCAUGCUGUAGAGACUCGUCCCGCCUGAAAAAACCCUAUUUAUGACCGCGGACACUGCAGG